UAGCGGAGAAGUAAACAAUGAAUCUGUCAAGUAUCUUUUCCUGUUGUUAAGCGUUUUACAAGAAUAAAUAACAUUACUAUGGGGAAUAAAUAAAUAAAAAUGUCAGGCCCUAAAAUUGACCAAAGAUUUGCUGACUAUUUCGUUAUAGCUGGGUUAGACGUUACUUCUGGUUUAGAACCUGAUCUACUUUCGGGGGAGCACCUGCAAUGUCCGCCUCUACAGAGACCGUACAAGUCGCGAGUCUUAGCGAACUACCCAGACUCCCUGCCUUGGAACCCGAUCGACAGAGAUGCAGUAGGAAUGCUUUGUCUUCCAAAAGGCCUUUCAUUUCGAACUGAGAGACAAUGUCACAAGCCACAGUUCCACUCAUUUAUAAUCACCAGAGAGGAUGGCUCUAAACUGUAUGGGUCAUCUUACAUCUUCUUUGAGGAAGUCACAAAUGUUCAGAUCUGCGCGGCCAUGCAGACCCUACAACACAUGUAUGAAGCAGAAAGAGGAGGGGGGCUGAUCACGAGCAUAACAAGUACCCAAUCGCUGCAGGAGCCCUUGUUAGAUCACAGUCCAUUGUUGGAUGAUCGGGACAUUGACACUACAGAGAGCUAUGAUAUUAAAACUGACAGACUCUAUGUGACUAAGAGUAUCUGCCUCAUCUCACAAGUGCAGUUUGUGUCUGCUCCGAGGACAUUUCUCAAGCAGCUAGCGGAGAGUGUCCACAAGCCGAUAGCCAAUCAGCUACCUCUGGAAGCGUACAUAUACAAUCAACUUUACGAUGUGCCCAUGCCCCCACCUGGGCGCAGUAUGAAGUUCUAUGGAGUCACCUCACCCAUCUUCUGUCAAAGACCAAUGGAUUGGAAUGAUAUCAAAGGUACUGGUGAGCUGCCUCUGUUUGACUUCUCGCUGUGGGAUCUUGUUAGACUACUGGGUCUUGACCACCUGGUCCAACUGCUAGUCAGCGUGUUGCUGGAACAUCAGAUACUCCUGUUCUCAUCUGACUACCAUCGACUGAUGCUGGUCGCAGAGAGCAUGGUAACGCUAGUGUUUCCAUUUUCCUGGCAGCAUGUGUAUGUGCCCAUCCUGCCUGCCUCGCUGCAACACUUCCUGGACGCUCCUGUUCCCUAUAUCAUGGGACUACACCAUGGGGAGGAUGACAUGGAUAAACCUCAACUACCUAAUGAGGCAAACCUGUGUUUUGUGGACAUCGACAACAACACAGUUGAGGUGCCUGAAGAUCUACCGGCCUUUCCCUUUGAACAGGAGUUAAAGGAAGAACUGUAUCAGGCCAUUGUUAGCAGCAAGGAGCGCAUGCUCAAGGAAACAUUUACUGAUUCUGUCAUUUCUAGUCCUAAACGCAGGCCUAACCCUCGCCAGCUAAGCAAUACCAAUGCUGAUGUUGAACUAAGCAUGAGAAAAAACUACAGCUCCCCUGGCUUGGAGAAAAUGGAAAUCUUGCAGCAGAGUGAGGCUUGGUCUAAAAUUUCCGCCAUUGCAAAGAAAACCGGUGUCUGGAAUAAAGACUUUGGGACAUAUGAAAUGGAGGUGUCGCCUAAACUUGCCAAAGAAGAGGAGGCUAAAGAAAAGUUUACUGACUCGAGUAAAAUGCCUGCUAGAGAGUUAGAGGAGUUGAAGUUUAACAAUGCCAUACGUGAAAUAUUUCUGAACAGAUUUGUGAAUAUGUUUUGCUGGUACGAGGAGUUUGUGAUAUUGAAUUCGCAGGAUCUUGACUCGUGGCUUACGAAUAGGGAGUCAAUGCAGAACUUUGAUAAGGCUUCAUUCCUCAGUGACCAGCCUGAAAGUUAUCUUCCUUUCAUGAGCCCAUUUCUCGAGACUCAGAUGUUUGCCUCCCUUAUUGAUAAUAAAAUUAUCUCAAACUGGGAGGACUCUGAUGCUAGUUUGAAGGUGUUUGAAAGUCGGGUGAAGACUCUAAAAGAAGGCUUGGAUAUUUCAUCUCACAGAUCUCAAACCUACCUUCCUUGCUCAAAGCUCAAAGAUACAGAGAUUCUUAUAGAGAAGCGAUCAAACUACAUAGACCAUAUUGGAAAGAAACCAGGCUUGCCAGAAGACGUUACCCCUCCACCGGAGUUACAGCUUGGAUUCUUUCCCAUCCUGGUCAAGGAUAUACUCAACUCUGAGGCUAAUAUCAAACCUAAGAUGGACGGUGCCAAAUGGCGAAGAAAGGACCGCUUGUUACAACAGUCGGAACAUCUGAAACUCAACUCCAGACAGAGAGAGUUGUCCCUCCAGGGCUCUGUGGCCAAGCAAACCUGGCUUAGCACAAGAACGAUUGAAAGUCAUGACCCUGAUGACUAUUGUGAACAUGAGGACACAAAGACAGUCGUGAACUUGUCUUACUGUGAUGAUCAUAAGUUCCUGGCAGAAGCUCGCAGUAAGCUUGUCCAGCCCCGGCUGACAGAGAUGGCAGCGGGAGGGAUGGCUCAGACAAACUGGAAGUUUGUGGAAACAUUGCUCAAAGAAUGUAAAACUAAGACAAAGAGGAUGUUGGUUGAAAAGAUGGGACAAGAAGCAGUAGAGCUUGGUCACAGUGAAGGAAACCUAACUGGGGUGGAGGAAAACACCUUAAUAGCCAGUCUGUGUGACCUGUUAGAGAGAAUCUGGAGUCACGGUCUACAGACAAAGAAGGGGAAGUCUGCUCUGUGGUCCCAUGUGCUGAACUUUGUUGAGAUAGAGGAGGGUAAUGAAGGGAAGCCAGUCAACCCGGACCUUCUUUCUCCAGCAUCAAGUUUAAGUGAGGGUGCGACAUACAAUUGUAUGUCUAACAAUAUCCCAAUUGUGUUGGUCCCAACUGGUCUGAAAUCACAAACGACGAACAUUCGGAGGAGUAGAUCGCUAGCCGACCUAAACUCCUCCCUCACUGACAUAUAUGCCACUCUGUGUAACCUGUCUUCAAUGGCACUGCCAGAAGGGGAGAAGACUCCACGACGGGGACAUCGGCGGACCGGCAGCAGGGGCAAUAUAGAGUUACCUGCCCUCAAACCCUUGCCAAAGACCCUCUCUUGUGACAUGAGGCGUGUACAGGAGAUGGGUAACAUAAAAACUGAUGUAGGUCGUGCCCGGGCGUGGGUAAGACUUGCCCUUGAGAAGAAACUGCUCUCCUCACACCUGAAGGAACUUCUGUCUGAUUCCUACCUUCUCAGGAACCUGUACAAGCGUUACGCAUUCCUACGCUGUGAGGAUGAGCGGGAACAGUUCCUAUAUCACCUCUUGUCUCUCAAUGCCAUGGACUACUUCUGCUUCACUAACGCAUACACUAACACAGUGGUUCCAUACCGUGUAUUGAUAUACCCAAGCCUGAAGUUUGGCUGCACGACAACCAGCGCUAACCCCUGGAUCACGUUUGCUGGUCAUAUGGGAGAGACAGGGAUCAUUGAGAUACCUAAGGGAGUGCUGGAGUUCUGUGUGGAGCACAAGAAUCUGGGUGUGCUAACGACGUUAAGAAUAGGCCAUGACAACAGUGGCAUAACUCCCAAGUGGCUUAUAGAGUAUGUGCUCAUUCGGAAUGAGAUUUCCGGACACACUUACAAGUUUGUGUGUGGUCGGUGGUUAGGGAAAGGUGUAGAGGAUGGCAGCAUAGAGAGACUCCUAGUUGCAGAACUGCUGUCUCAGAACUCCCAAGCUGGCGAACUGUUGAGUGCAGUGACCUCCCCUCCCAGGGCAACGUCCCCGGUGUCAGUGAGAAGCCCUGCCGAACCUGGUACGACAGGUAACCUGACGAUCCCCGACAUACAGGAGAUGCUGGGCCACGCUGUGAACGGUUUGAUCAAGCACUUCUACCGGUCAGAGAAAGAGAGAGGCAAUCUGACAUACCUGCUAUGUGGGGAUAAAGGCCUAGUUCAGUGUAUUGAGCUGAUUUUCCUGUACGGUUUCCGCUCAUCACGCUUGUUCAGAAACAAAUUCUACACUUGGGACUACCUUGAGCGUGUGCGUUCACACCUGGAGCCUUCCAUGUCACGAGAGGGAGGUCGGCGUCGUAAGGAGGCCGAGGUUGCUCUGUUCUGGGCUUUAUCUAGUCUACUGUCAAAAAUCAACGAGGAUGCAGAGUCUGUUGGGAAGGAUGGGAAGUUCCAGAUCUUCGUCUGUGUGGGAAUCAGGGAUCACACCCUGCAGUCGUGGCUGCCCAUGAUCGCCCGGAAUGUGAUCACAGCUCAGAUGUACGAGGAGAAAUCGUUCAUGCGUGACAAUGACCUCAUCACCUUCAUCACUCACAUUCUCGACACGCUCAAUGACUUUAACAUUGUCUUGGAACCAUCUCUGGUCCGGGGGCUUGACAUUUAGCAAAGGAACCUUCACUGGUCUGGGGAAUGCCAUUUAGCAAAAGAAUCUUCUCUAGUCCAAGGGCUUGACAGCAGUUGCUUCCCCUUACAGAAUAGUAACACUGCCAUUAUACUACCAAUAUACUCUUCAAUUAAUAAGAAAUUAAUUUCAUUUUGAUUAUUUUUAAAUUGUCCUACCAAAAAAGUAGAAUACCAAUGAACAUGUCUUAUAUACCAAACAUGAUUUUAUUUUCCUGCAUGAAUUAGUGAUUAUUUACUUGUAGAACUAGGGCUUUUGCAUAAUAAGUUUCACAACACAGUAAAAGGAUAUGAUUGAAAAUCGCAAAUCUGUGCUGCCUAGUUUUUAUUUCUAAAGUUGUCUUACAUCGCACCUGUGGGCAGGUUUAACCUGGUUUUAAUUAUAUUCUGGAAAUUAAUAACUGCCAUUAUUCAGACUAUUUUUUUGCAUGAGAGAACUCUGACAAAUAUUUUCACUGCUUUUAUAGAUUUUGGUGUACGUCUAUUUUAUGAAAUUAAAAUGCGUUCACUGAGCUGGUCGAAAAUGUUUCAAAUAACGUCACAAAAUGUAACAUCUGGACAUUAUGAAUAUCGUGCAAUUUUCCAAUUUAUGUUGGAUAAAUUGACAUUUUUCUCACACAAAAUCAUAAGUUCACCUGUUGCUGUGCCACUCAUGAAAAAAUUGCUUUCAAUGAUUACACCAUGAAAGGAAUUUCAAUAUUUGUUCUGUGUUUUGUGUGACUAAGCAGAUACUCUUUUGCCUUUGUUACAAGAAGUGUUUAACAGUCAAACAUAUUUUUAUACUUCUUCAUAUGAUUUUGGCCUUGUCACUUACAGUAUUUGAUUAUUUUGUGCUGGUUGGGGGGGGGGGGGGGCGGUUAUAAAAAAAUAUUAUUUUGGGUUAUAUUGUGGACUUUAUCUUAUUGAGGGGUUAUCUGUGUUGAACUGUAUGUAUAUAUACGUAAAAUUUGUGUCAACUUAAGAAUUUAAACAACAACAGUCUUGAUUGUUGAGAUUUGAGUGGAUAAAUAUAUAGGUUUCUUUUUAAAACCUGUGAAAUACAGGAACAUUUUGAUGUAGUCAUUGCGUGCGCAUACAUGAUAAAUUAUACAUAUUAUUGCUCAAUGAUGUUAGUGGACAGUUUAUCUGGUAUUCAUUGAUAAGUGACGACAUAGUCGGUAUAUCUCUUGUACCAAUCAUCAGUAUUCAACUAACAAUCAGUUGUAGUUUGAAUAUGCAUGUAUUAAGUAUAUUCAUUAAAUAAUAGUAAUCAUAUACAUUUCAGACUUACAUGUAUACAUGUAUUAUAUUUUGUUGUGUACAACAAUAACCUUGAUAGUAGAUACUUUUAGAGCAAUAUCUUAAGUCAUUAGCAUUUAAAAAUCUUGUCAUCACUAUUAUCAGCUACUUAGGGAUGUAUUGUUUUGUUAUUAAAGCUUUAUAUAAUGCAUGUUUUAAAAGGUUGAAAGCUCCUAUGUUCAUCUUGUUAUGGCUCCCUUUCAUGAUGUGUUUUUGUUUGCUUUAAAAACUAUGUAUUUUAUAGUUCUAUUUUAUUUUGUCAUUUCCAUGUGUUUUGCAAACUAUGUUUGCGAUAUUUUCAGGAUUAAAAUACCAUCAUUUUUACAUGUUAAGCAUUUUUUAGACUCAUCUUUUAAGGGUUUUUCCCAUGCACACUAAUUCUGACAACUGUGACAUAUUUUAUUGCCUGUGCAUUUAUAAGUCAGUCAUUUUUGUCAGAGCAUAUUUCUAGUCACUGUUUACAAGACUACACAAGAUAUGUGUGUUCAAACUGAACUAUGUAUUCAUUAUCUGCACAAGGUUUUCAUGCUUGAUGCAAGCAUUCAGAAGUCCGCAUUUAAAUUAUAUUUGGCAUGAAAAUGUGUGGAACAUUUACCUCUGUAGUACAUGGAGAUACAGUUUAGUUACUUUACAGGGUGUUAAAUGUGCUUGAACAUUGAAUAACUUAUGCUUUUUUAUGUGUCCGAAAGAACUGAAGGCCAUUACAAACAUAGUAUUACAAAAUCCCUGAAAACAUGUGCAUUGUCCAUAUUGGCAUGGCUGACGCCUUUGAAUUUAAAAUAAGUUAACUUUGCUGUGCUACACCACUCCAAUUAUGCCGGGCCUUACCAUAUCUUAUGAUACUCUAGUUAUUAUAUUGGUAAUAGAUAUUAUAAUUAUUAAAAAUAUUUAUAUAUACUACCUAAAUAAUUAUUUAGAAACUAACCAAAGAAAAUGUCUGUUCUUCAGAGCAGUAGCUUCACUUUUUGUACGAAAAAGUAAAAUAGCAAUCCCACAAUUGCAUUUAGGUUCCUACUGUUCAUUGAAUCAGAUUUUGUGUCAAACUACAAUAUUUGAUAUUUAGUAUUUUCUUGCUUUCUUUCUACAACAAAAGACAUUUUACAUUUGUUAACAUCUACAAUUGUUUAUGAGUGAUUAUUUCAUAAUUAUUUAUGUUAUUCUGAAAAAUACUAAGAUAACAGACCACACAUUGUUUAUGGUCAGUAAGCAGCUUUAUUUCGCCAUUAUUUAAUUUUGUUAUUCUGGAAAAUACUAUGAUAACACACCACACAUUGUUUAUAGUCAGUAAGCAGCUUUAUUUCACCAUUAUUUAAUUUUGUUAUUCUGAAAAAUACUAAGAUAACAGACCACACCCACACAUUGUUUAUAGUCAGUAAGCAGCUUUAUUUCACCAUUAUUUAAUUUUGUUAUUCUGGAAAAUACUAUGAUAACACACCACACAUUGUAUAUGGCCAGUAGUCAGCUCUUUGUUUUUGUUUUCUUGGUUGGAAUGAUACGUUUUUAUUCAGUUAUAUUUAUUUUUCAUUUGCAACAAUCUGUAGGGCUGUUACAACUCAACUCAACUCAAUAUUCUUUUAUUAUAUCACAGUUUAUAUUUAAGUAAAAGCAAGUGAAAACUCAAUAUAUAUAUAUGUUAACAUAGGUAUAAAGAGGUGGAUUAAUGGCGGCUUCACACAGGUUUGGAGUUCAUUAUUAUACAAGACAAAUAUUAUUAGUAAUGGGAAUGUGGUUAGUUCAAAUUGUAUUUUUUUAUAACAAAACAAACUCACUGAGAAUGUUACGAGCACACCUCUUGGGCGAGAUCCCGGGCCGCCAUGCCGGCAAACGAUUCUAUUGGCCUGCACCGAUUUUAGAAACGUCCUCAAACAAUCAUUCACUAAGGAACUUAUGGAUGGUGUCAACACAGUUCUCGGCCCCGUUAGGGUCCACAAUGCCAUUUAAAACAUAUUAAUGCUGCAUAUUUUCAAAUCAAAAUUGUUAUUUGAAUUAAACCGUCCAGGUUAUAUUGACACUUCCAUAAAAUUGUUCAUGUAACUAAAAGUCACUAAAAGUAUUAGGUAUUGAUGUUAUUCAACUAUUUUAGUGGAAAACUCUGAUGUUAAUUACUUUUUAAGUCUUGAUGUCUGCAAUUAUAAUAAUUGAACACCAUUUUAUUUUAUUCUUCAUUUUAUUUUAUUCUUUAGAACGUUCUACUGUUUUGCAAUAUACACUUGUAGUUUUGUGAUAUAUUGUCAAAUGUUUAAUGAGUAUUCUGUUGUUUAAGUUGAUUUCUUAUUGUUCUUACAACUUUUGCCUUUAUUGGCAUUAAAUUUUUACCUGCAAAAUAUUGACAACCUGGCUCCAAUUUCUAUAAUUAUUUUAUACCUCUAGUAACAGGUUUAAGCUUAGCACACUAUUUUUUAGUAUAAUUUCUUUAUUUUAUCUCUUUUUACAGAGUUUUGAGACUGUUACAGGAAUAUAAUUUUAAGAUAAUAAUGAUAAACUACUUUAUGUCAUGUUAAUUAAGUUUAAGCAAUGAAAUAAGGGACUUAAACCUGUUAUGCUUGAGAAACUUUGAUGAAUUGGGGCCGGAUGCUUUAAGAGAAUGAUUUAGUGUAUAUGUAGAGUGUAUGUGCUACUUUCAAAAGUCAGGGGCCCAUCUUACAAUGGACAAACAACAAUAUUUCAGAUCAGGAAUUUCAGUUCAAUAUGAAGUCAUUGUCACAAACAAUAUUAAAAGUUUUACGUGCAAAAUCAAAUAAACAUUACCUAAACUGUCUAAUUAAGUUAUUAGCUUCGAAAUUUUUCAUUCAAAUUACUCAGAAAUAUCAAUUUAAAAAGUUGAGGUAGCAUACGUGUGUUGCUAUGAUUGCCCCACCAGUCAGUGUAUAAGGCAUGGUGAUUGUAUAUAAUGCUAGGAUGUAUUGGUUCAUUGUCAUACUGUUUUGUUACACCCUGUUUUGACCUUGUAUGUGAAGUUAUUAUUGAGAAAAUAAAAAGCAAAAUUAUCA